AUGGAGAGUGACUUCCACAUGGUGAAUGAAGAUGGAGAAACCAGCUACGUCAACAACUCCAGGCAUCAACAAAAAGCUUUGGUUGAAACUAAACCGGUGCUUGAGAAGGCUGUGGCACAAGUAUGCGCUGCUGUCCUCUCUCGGAAUCUGGUGGUUUGUGACUUAGGCUGUGGUUCAGGUAGAAACACACUCAUCUUCCUCUCCGAGGUGAUCGAUGCCACGAGGGGCCAUCCAGUGGAGCUGCAGUUCUUCCUGAAUGAUCUACCAGUUUCCUAUGUGUUAGAUGGCAAUGAAGGGAACAUUUACAUUGCAAAGACCACAUCACCAUCAGUAGUGGAACUAUACCAGGAGCAGUUCCAGGACUUGAUACUAUUCCUUGAGCUACGAUACAAAGAACUAGCUUUUGGCGGACAAAUGGUGCUAACGUUUCUUGGCAGGAAGGAGGAUGAUGUAUACAGUGGCAGUAUGAACUAUAUUUAUGAACUUCUCGCACAAUCUCUUCAGUCUCUUGUUGAGAAGAAUCUCGUGAACCAGAAGAAACUGAACUCCUUCAAUUUACAAAUUUAUGGUGCAUCUGUGGCUGAAGUUAAGAAAGUGAUUAAUCAGAGCGGGCUUUUUGACAUUAAUCGCAUCAAUUUGUUUGGGUCGAAUUGGGAUCCUUACAAUGACUCAGAAGACAACAACGUGCUAGAUAGCAUUCAGAGUGGAGUGAACAUCGCAAAGAGCAUAAGGGCAGUCAUGGAAACUUUGCUUGUGAUCCAUUUUGGUGAAUUCAUGAUCGAGACACUCUUCGAAGAAUUUACGAGGAAGGUAGCAGGGUACCUUCAGAGGGAGGAUAAUACUAAGUACUCAAUCAUCAUACUUUCCCUGCAGAGAAAGUGA